UAAAGCUCCAUGGUAACUCGCCUAAUUAAUCUGUCCGACGUUAAGUAAUGUCGUUGCUGGGGAUACUCGCUUUCCGCAACUUUUAUAAUGAGUUUUAUAAAUACAUACUGCGCCAUUCAGUUAAAGUUAUGUAACAAUUUGUUAUCACUUUAACAACAUACCUCUUGGUACAGGUAGUAGUAAACGAAUUGGGAAAGUUACAGCUAUAGUUGCAACUAUGCUUUCCUAUAAGCAGAAAAUCAAACCACCAAAACAGGGGAAAAUCGAAAUGGAAAGUUUUGAUUUAUAUAAGGACUUACCUGAGCUUGUGCCUCUUGACGAAAGCAAAGUUCCGAUUUCAAUGCCGAGGUUUGACGUUCCGACACUGACAAAGAAUGCAUAUUUUAGUGGACGGGGUUCGAAUUUAUCAGGAAGUAGUUCUGGGCGAUCAUCUGGUGAUAAUCUUCCCUUAUCACCUCUUCUUACUACUCCACUAAGUAGCCAGCAACUGCCACGGGGUAUGAUGGAGUCCGCUGUUACUAUGCUUCAAGUGGAUGAAAACAAUACCAGCAAAUCAACAACCGACUGCCUUUUGGUUGUUCCGCAAAAUACUGUACCGAUGGCUAAACACAGGAAGAACUAUACUAAGAAGAUGAACAAGCUAAAGAAAGCGGAAGAAGAAGGAUUUAUCACAGAUGAAGAGGUUUGGAGAAGACGGAAGCAACGCCAAGAGAGGGAGAAGAUCGAAGCUUUUCGACAGCGCCACGCGGGGAAGACAGGGGCAGUGAAAAAGUUGGAUUGGGAAACUUUUGUUGAGGGUUAUGAUGAACAUGAACAAGUUAAAACAUUAGAGGAGGAGAUUUAUAAACCGACUUAUGUUGCCAACGCUAAUCUAAAAGACGAAACCCUUUUUUCUGCUCUUGGUAAAAGCGUGAUGCCACACAAAAGAAUAGCAUUCGUUGGGACCGUUGUACAGAAAAUCGAAAAACGGAAACAAGAAAAAAAAGAAAGACAAAUUAACGAAAUGAUGAUCAAGCAUUUCCAUUCCAGUGACGAUGGUGACACAAAGGUUAAAACGUAUGGGAUGAAAGAAGCACUGGAAGAGCUAAACGCAAGACACGCAGCGAGCAACCAACCAACACCUGACAAAGUUUCACUUGAUACUAACUCUUUAAACACGGAAGAAACUAUGGAAACAAAAGAAACAAAAAGUGAAGAUGUAUACGAGACUUUGGAAACAAUUAAAACUAAGAUGACACCUUCUGUAACACGCGAUAGUUGUCGACCAGUAACUGCAGAGCCUCCUGUCCGACAAAGAAGUUGGUUGAGGCACGCGCAAAGUGAAAGCGACAUUUAUGCCUCUAUUAAAAAACAACAGAAGCCAUUUCUUCCACCGCCAUCGUUAUACAAUGAUACUGGGAGCCUUAUUUCGUUUUCAGAGCUGCUUAUGGCCAAAAACAAAACCCGUUCAGUGUCGGCUACUGAUUUAUCCCAACCUUACGAACAAUUUACCGAUCUUUCGUAUUUCUCCGAAGAGUAUGAAGAUAAAGUUACUGACGCUGCGAUAGUUCUGCCUCCAGAAAUUAAAGAACAAAAGCAGACUGUGAGAGUUAAACGAAGAAGUCGGUCACACCACACGACCCUUACUGCGACAGAACGUAACCAACAACAUAGAAACAGUAAGGAGAAAAUAAGAACAUCUGCAACUGGUGGCCGCAGAAGAGGGCGGUCAGCCACACGGAGACAUGCGAACAAAAGACUUCACAAAAGCGUGGGAGAUAAUUUGAAUGAAAUAGGGAAGCAGGCUAACCAGCCAAGGGGAAGCAGUGAUGCGUUGUUGCAACAGCUUGCGAUUGUUUCCGAACAACAGAACGAGAUUUUAGAACGGAUGCAAAGAAUUGAGAAAUCGACAAAAACAAAACGAAGACAUCGUUCCAUGGACAACUUGCUAAAUCGAGCAACAAAAAAAAAUAUCGGAAGAAAUUCUGCCAGUUCUCUGAGCAUUAGUUCUGAUGAGCAUCAGGGCCUGAGCACAAAAUUCGAUGAUUUAACAUUUACUGAGGAACCUAAGCAGCCGCCAAUUCCUGCUCCUUUAAACACAAAAGAUGAAAUAUUGAAACGAAUAUCCGCUGUCGGGAUACCGGUGUUGAAACUCUUCACCGGAGAAAACGAAGAAAAUAAACCAGAACUCAAAACCCCGUCAAUAACUUCCAGGUCGGCGAGCACGGAGAAGGAAGAAAAAAGUCCAACUGAGCUAAUGGUGUUACCAAAUCCACCUGAUGAAAAUCCCAUGCUGUCAUAUUCGGAAAAUACACACUCAUCGCAUGUGGCGAUAAAUCAAGUGACGUCAUCAAACUCUAAACCACAUCAUGUGUCAUCCAAAGUGACGUCACCCACACAUGGCCAACCAACACAUACGUCAUCACUUGUUACUUCAUUGAAUUAUACAAAUGCGACACCUCCGCAUGUGACGUCAUCGAAAUCUUUAAAACCAACACUCGAAUCAUCUCAUGUGACGUUAUCAAACUAUACACAGGAAUACAUCGAAAACCAAAUCCCUCUUUCUACUGAAACCGAAGUAAAAAGCAAACCUGCUCGUGAGGUUAGAGAGCAGGAUCCGAGGUUGCAUCAAAACCAAGUUGUUCAGAAAGAAAGUGUAAAAAAACAACGGCGACGAAGCAAACAAUAUGAUGAGUACUCGGGAAGUGAAACGGUGGUUGAAAGGGUGAGGUCAGUUAAACGAAACAUAAGUAGCAGAUCGUCUGUGAUUCGCGUUAAGGGAAUUCCGCGUAUAGACAAGGAGACUGAAGCUAAUUUGAGUGAAACAAUUCAGAGAGUCGUAGACGCUGGAAGAAAUUCCGAUGACGAGGGGUUUAGUUGGUCGGUUUUGUGGGCAAAACGAGAGGAAACUGAGUUUGAAAAGCAAGCACAGGGUGCUAUUAAGAGAGUAUUUUCUUUUUUUGGCAUUAAAUCAAACGAAGAACCAGCAGUGCAAAACGAUGGCACCAUCAUCGCGGAGGUUGUACGCGUUGAUAGUGAUAACGAAACAAUAAUGUCUAGUGCAAGCUCACUUAACUAUGAAGAACAUAAUAUGCUAUCUGAGCCACUGGUAGAAAAAUCAUUUCAAAUACAUCAGCAUCAAUCUGUUAUUAAGACAUCGCUCCCUGGCGAUAAGCAACGAAGAACAUAUAAAGAACCUGGAAACACCUGGGACGGCUCACGAACAGACAAUACGAGGCAAACUUCAACACACGAACCCUUUCCUAAUUCAAACGAAAGAAAAAGCCUGAAAGAUAAAUUUCGGAAGAAAGUAAUGCAAGUGACAAAGAAAAAAGGUAAAUAUGUGAAGCCACAUGCUUCAGCAGAUUACCAAGUAAAUCACGCGAUAUACGAUGGUCAACCGAGGAGACAAUCAGCAUUUUCUCUCGGCCCAUCACGCAAACAACAUUCCGUGGAUUCGGGUUUUCUCACGAACACGAACGGCGAUGAAUCUCCAACCUGGAACGAAGCUGCUAUUUAAUUUAAUCUUAAGCAUUAAAAAAAUAACAGUCUUCAUUAAACUUUUGAUGUAAAUGUCGUAUAUAAGUUUGUUUUUAAGCAAUAAAUAUUGUUAUUGUUGUUCGA